UGACGAUCCAUGCAUGUCCGGGUGCUGAGCUGGAAUGUGUUCCUACGACCGCCAGGGAUCCAGCAGCCAGGAGGCGGCGACCACAAGGACUUCCGCCUGGAGUUCAUCAUGCGCAAGGUGAUUCAGUACGACGUGGUGCUUCUCCAAGAGAUGUUUGCCAUCGGGUCGUCGAGACUGCAUCGCCUGCUGUCGUUUGCAAACGACCAUGGCUUGGCCUACCAUGCUGGGUCCGUGUAUCCUUCGUUGUGGAGUCGGCAGCUUGUCGACGGUGGUUUGUUGAUUCUGAGUCGCUAUCCAAUCUGCCAAACCAAGUCCCAUCAGUUCCGCGACAGCUGUGGCAGCGACGCCCUUGCAGCCAAAGGCGUCGUGUACGCCCAGCUGCAGAUCGAGUCACAAGGCACUCUUCUUGACGUCUUUACCACGCACACACAGGCAGGCCAAGGACAAGUCGCCACGACCAUCCGCUGGCGGCAAAUCGAGGAGCUCGCGUGGUUUGUGCACACUACGCGCACCGACGCGACGACGCCUGCGAUCUUAGGUGGGGAUUUCAACUUGGACGCGCGGCACAACGUCGAUUUUGCGGGCGAUCCUGCCAAACCUGUUAUCACCAAGUGCGCCGAAAGCGUCUCGUACAAGCGCAUGCUUCAACUCUUCUCCAUGCGCUCCCAUGACAGUGUCACACAUGUCGCCAACGUGCUGGGUGCUGCACAUGAUGUCACCAACGCCAACGGCCAUGGAGUGUUGGCGCAAACGUGGUCGAAAGAGCAAGUGAACGACAUGGGCAAGUGCAUCGACUACUUGUUCGUAUUCGAGCCAAGUAGAGGUGGUUCUCAUGGGGAUGGAGAACCCUCCUCAGUUGUUCAUGCUGCUGUGGACACGUGUGCACUGGAUCGCAGCCCCCUGAUCGAUGGUGGUGUUGUCGAACAGAUGAUUGGCUCUGUCACACAUCUCUCUGACCAUUGGGCGAUCACUGCGACCUUGAGAUUUCCACUUCAACACAACGUACAAUCGCAAUUGUCGUGUCCGUUGCAAUCUCACCAACUUGACUAUUAUAAGUGGCAGCUGUUGUGGUGGCCCUUCAAGGCCACAGCUGUCAUCUUUAUCGCUGGUGUUGGCGUUGUGGCCGCUGGGAUAACUGUGACGCGGUAUAUCGUCGGAUUGUGAAGCAAGGUAGCUAGAAGCAUGUGCACGAACAGUAAACACGUUUCCAAGGCACAACGGUAAUCAUAAUAUAUACAACGAGCAACGAAUGUUAUGGAUCG